ACUGUAAUUAAAAAAUACAAAGUCCCUCGCAAUGGGUCUUCGUUCUCGUGAAUCGCUAGUAUGGGGACUCGGCCUGACCUUGCUCUGCGUGGCCGUCGGCGUCCUAGGUCACGGGCGGCUGAUGUACCCUCCGAGUAGGUCGUCAGCUUGGAGGCUCGGCUUCGACACCCCAGAGAACUUCAACGAUAAUGAGCUCUUUUGCGGGGGCUUCGGGAUCCAGUACGGACAGAACGAUGGCAAGUGCGGGGUCUGCGGCGACAAUUGGGCCGACCCUCAACCCCGAGACAACGAGGCCGGAGGAACGUACGGGACGGGCCUCAUCACCGCUAAUUUCACGAAGGGACAGGUGAUCACCAUCGAAAUCGACUUAACCACCAGCCACAUCGGGCACUUCGAGUUCCGUCUCUGCGUCAACAAUGCUCCGGACAAGAUCAUUACGGACGAGUGUCUCGACGAACACCUCCUGCAGUUGGCUGACGGUUCUGGGCCCUUCUUCACCGUGCCUGAUUUCAAUGAGGCUUACUUUUACAUCGACAUGAAGCUUCCUGACGACGUGGAGUGCUUCCAGUGCGUCCUUCAGUGGCAUUACCAGACAGGUAAUUCGUGGGGAGACUGUGGUAAUGGCACAUCCGCCUUGGGUUGUGGCGACCAAGAAGUAUUCAGGGGCUGCUCUGAUAUCGGAAUCUAUGCUUAAGAUUCCUUAUUCGCACCGUAGCGGGUCUGGUGUCUUGACUGUACGAAUAAAGAUAUAUUUUUUAUGGA